UCAGUAUGCUAAGUGGACCAUAAUGAAUGGUGCUCAUCACUUAUUCCCUCGUUUCACUCCUUAUUUUCUGAAUGCGUUCGGCACACUCGUUUGCCCUAUACACGACAUGAGGAUAAAUGUUCUGAUCUGACUCCGAGUUCAAAUGAAGUAUAGCAGCCUACAUGGUCAUCCUGCCGAAGAAUUUAACAUGUUUAACGUGGAUUCAAUCUCAGAUGCGAACACUGUCAUUUCAAUUUGCAAGGGCCCAACUUAUCCUUCAACAUCAGGAAACAAACGUUUGCGAAAUGAAAGGUGUCACCGUCUUCGUGGUGUGUUUUCUGACGUCGUUCAUCUUUUUUGUCUGGUGCUUAUCCUUCGAAAGAAAAUUCCCGGAUGCAGUAUCGGUUUCACUUGAUGGCGAAAAGAUGAUAGAGACAUCGGUUGGUGCCUGGUCAGAGAGACAAGCUCUACGACAACAACUUCUGCGGGACGAGUGUAGCAAAAAUCCAUCACUGAAACUGAACAUGACCCACGUCAUACACAACAACAGAAAGCUGCUUUGGUUUUAUAUUGUUGACGAUAAGUACCGGAUAUUAUAUGGCUUUAUCUGUAAAGUGGGUUCUAGUCACUGGAAGAGCAUUUUCCUCGUUCUGAAGGGAGCGUUUAAAACUGUCGAGGAAAUACCCUUAGGGAGAGCCCACGAUCCGAGCUUGAAGAAGCUGAGCCAAUACCUCCCCGGGGAGAUCGAAUACCGUCUGCGGAAUUACACCACGUUCGUGUUCAUGCGCGAUCCCCUUGCGCGCGUCCUAUCCGCGUACAGGAACAAACUCGAAGAGCAUAACGCGCCGUAUCAAAAGGCCUUCGGACGAAGAAUUAUCGAACGGUACAGGGACAACCCAUCCAAGUUGGAACUUGAAACUGGGGUGGGUGUGACGUUCGCGGAAUUCGUUCGAUUUAUUACAGAUAAAGAUGCAAAGAACAACCUGGAAAGGCAUUGGAAGCCCGUGUAUCAAAUGGUUCUCCCGUGUAACAUGCAUUUUGACUACAUCGGGAAGUUGGAAACUGGGAAAAAAGACUCGGAGAACAUCUUAAGAUACCUGAGGAUCGAUCACCUUGUCCACUUAAAAGAACCUUACAAGAACACAAGCAAUACCGAGGAAAUAUUCACCAAGUAUUAUAAAACGAUUACCAAAGAAUAUCUGCAUAGAUUGUACGAGAUUUACGCUCCCGAUUUCAAACUCUUUGGUUACUCCAUGGAUGAAGAUUUAAUACAGCGGAAGAAUUAUCUUCUGAAUUGAAGGCAUCAUUUUUCAAGGAACAUCGAUAUUCAAUAAUUCAGUGAUUGAAUUAAAAAUGUAUU